AUGCCACACUUAACUGACUGCAGUUACUACACCAUGAGGGAUGCAACCAGAGCUUCUAAUGUUCAAAGCCACCUGGAGAGCUCCAAGUUCCACCUGCACCAGAGCCAGUCUCAGCAGGUCAAGCAGUACUUGACUCUUGGCUCCAAAUUGGCCUCGUCAGCCGCCCCAGGACACAGUUCCAUGCCUCACCCACACACCCCCGGCCAGCCCAUCGCAACUGUACCCAAUAUGAGACAACAUAUGGGGUCUGUCAGUGAUGGCAGUAACCCCAAUAGCCCAGUAACCCUGCUGACUAUGGCCAACGCAGACAGUGAGUUUCCAAUGGAUGAAGUUAUUGAUGACCUAAUUAGUCUUGAAUCCGGGUUCAAUGAUGGGGGCUUGGAUUGCAUGGAGCCCAACAUCAUGCAAAGUAAUGUUUCCCUCAGUGGCAGCAUGCUGGACCUCUAUGGGGGUGAACAAGGUAUGAACGCCUCUAGUGGUGGAAUGAGUCCUACUUCUAACCCCCCAAAAGUCACUGUUAAAAGGGAAUACACAGAGCUUGACACGAGGGUGAUGGCUAAAGAGAGGCAGAAGAAAGACAAUCAUAAUUUGAUCGAAAGAAGAAGGCGAUACAAUAUCAACUACCGCAUCAAAGAGCUGGGAACACUUAUACCAAAGUCCAACGACCCAGACAUGCGCUGGAACAAAGGCACGAUCCUCAAGGCCUCGGUGGAGUAUAUCCGGUGGCUGCAGAAGGAGCAGCAGCACGCCAGAGAGCUGGAGGGCAGGCAGAAGAAGCUGGAGCAGGCCAACAGAAGGCUACUGCUGAGAAUUCAGGAACUUGAAAUCCAGGCCCGGGCUCAUGGCUUACCCAACAUGGCCGCGCCUCUGGGCUCUGUGGAGCUGCCGUCACAUCUCCUCAAACAGCAGCAGCAGCAGCUCUCCCCACAGGGCCUACCGCAGCCGCCCCUCUACCAAGAAGACCCCAACGUGGACUACCUCCAGAGGAUAGCGGUUGGGGCCACAGUGCCGACCCUGCUCGCCAACCCCGGAGCUCCCCAGGACCACAUGCCCCACGCAGACGGCUGCAGCACCUUCUCCGACCCGCUGUCCCACUUCACAGACUUCUUCAAUGCGUCGCUAAAGGAGGAGCACAGGCUGGACGAGCUCCUGAUGGAAGACCCUAUUUCCCCCUUCGGCACAGACCCCCUGCUCUCGGCUGCGUCACCAGAUGCAGCGUCCAAAGAUAGCAGCAGGAGGAGCAGCUUCAGCUCAGCAGAGGGAGAUGAGCUCUAA